UUCCCCCUGGAGCCAUAUAAAACCAUGCUCUUUUGAUUUUAACCAUGCAUGUGUGAAAAUAAUGUAAAACUAAAGUGGGAAGUGAUAUAGUCAUUUAGGCUGCACAAGCCAAGUAGUGUUAUCUUUGAGAUAAGAUUUUGUGGAGCAAUAAUAUUGUGAGAGCUUGAGCAGUCAAGUGUGGAACUGCUGGCACAGAGGACAUGAUGACAUUGAGCCUUCAGGAGAAACCACAAUGAAGGCAUAUCUGCGAAAAGCUGGAAUUAUUGCACCGGCUUUACUCUUCAUAUACAUUUUCUUCUACGUGACAAGUUGGAGAGCAGGCAAGUCAUUUCCAGAAGGACCCACAGAUCAAGAGCUUGUGAGGAGGAAACUGGACCAGAUUGAACAGACCCUAAACAAUCUGGCAAAGCUGAUAGAAGUCUCUGGUCAGAAGAGCAAUGGACUUUUACCUAAGCUGGACCAACAAACACUGAAGAAUGCAGUGCCAAAAUUAUAUCCAAACUCCAUCCUGUUUGAGAACUGGGGUAAUGGUCUGCCCGAGGAGGAACAGAAGGAGGCGGAAGGUCUGUUUCAGAUUUAUGGAUACAAUGCCUUCCUGAGUAACCAGCUGCCACUAGACAGGAAGCUGCCAGACACAAGAGACCACAGGUGUCUGACGAAGAAUUAUCCCAAGGACCUUCCAACCAUCAGCGUGGUACUGAUCUACAUAAACGAGGCUCUUUCUAUCAUUAAAAGGGCAAUAAGAAGCAUCAUCACACACACUCCAAAGCACCUACUGAAAGAGAUCAUUCUGGUAGAUGACCACAGCACUUACAAUGACCUUCGAAAACCGUUAAAAGAUUACAUAGGUCAGAUUCACAGUGAGAGACCUGGACUCAUUAAGCAAGUGCGGCAUACUCGACAAAUGGGCUUGUCCCAGUCCCGGAUUUCAGGUUGGGAGCGUGCCACCGCGGAUGUUGUGGCCAUUUUGGAUGCCCAUAUUGAAGCCACAGUGGGAUGGGCAGAACCUUUGCUGGCCAGGAUCAAAGCUGACAGGACUGUGGUGGUGUCCCCUGUGUUUGAUAAGGUCCAUUUUGAUGACCUACACGUGGAAAGAUAUAUACCAGCUUCUCAUGCCUUUGACUGGGCCUUGUGGUGCAUGUACGAGUCCUUCAGUCCACAGUGGGAGAAGAUGGCGGAUGAAUCACAGCCUGGGAAGAGUCCCUCUGUGAUGGGAAUCUUUGCAGCAGACAGACACUUCCUUGGAGAAAUUGGUGGGCUGGAUGGUGGAAUGAAAGUUUACGGUGGAGAAAAUGUUGAACUUGGGAUUCGUGUGUGGCUGUGUGGAGGAAGUGUAGAGGUUGUGCCUUGCUCCAGAAUAGCUCACAUUGAGAGGGCACACAAACCGUAUGCACUUGAUCUUACUCCUGCUGUGAGGAGGAAUGCCUUGAGGGUUGCAGAGAUCUGGCUGGAUGAUUACAAGAAGAACGUGUUUAUAUCCUGGAACCUUCCUCUUAAGAAUCAUGGAAUCGAUAUUGGUGACGUAUCCAAGAGGAAGAAGCUCAGAGAACAGCUGAAAUGUAAACCUUUCAAGUGGUACCUGGACAAUGUUUACCCAAGUCUGGAAACAUGGGAUAACGUCUUGGGUUAUGGUGUGAUGAGGAACAGUCUUCUCAAGAGCAAUUGCUUGGACCAGGGAGCCGUUCCAGGAAACAUCCCCAUCCUGUAUGAAUGCCACUUCCAGCAGCCACAGCAUUGCUACUACAACACAGAUGGUGAAAUCAUCGUUGGGGGGCUUAAAUCUCACAAAUAUAACAGUAACCGCUGCCUUGUUGACCCGGGCUCUGGUAGCACUCCCACUCUACAUGAGUGUCCACUGGCAAAACUAGCCAAACUCUACAUGCACUGGGACUUCAAACAAGGCCAAGCGAUCAGAAACAAAGCAACAAACAGAUGUCUUGAGGUCGCCCAGGGAGAAAACUCUUACUACCAGGUCAUCAUUCAGCAGUGCAGUGGACAGAGCUGGACGUUUGAGCAUCUCGUCACAAAUUUUUAGGUUUAAUUCUUAAACUGAAUUCAUCAUGUAUUGAUCUCAUUUUAUUUAUUUUUUUUCCUGAUUCACCAAAUAUUAAAACCUAAACUGCCCACUAACCCUUCUAAAUAUUUAAAGGGGCUCUACAUAAAAACGUUAUAGUAAUUUACAUGAACCAAUCAUAUGUGAACAGACUGUAAUGUGAUGUGAAACAUUAGUCUCUCUUGUUGGCAACAAAGUUCCACAGAGCCCCUUUCAUUUUCAACAGAGGUCAGUCCAACUGAUCUGGGCACAUUUCUCAAAGUACACUUCUGUGCACUCUCCCACAGAGGACCUGUUCAGUACAGUUCAUUGUCAAAGGUUAUGUAGGGGCAGGGAUCACUGAAAGAGUUAAUAUUAUUUGUAUAGCACUUCAGGUUCAAUAGCUACAACACAACUCCAAAUCAUACCUCGGCACAAAAUGUGUAAAACUGUGCUCCAGCCUGUGUCCAUGCACAGGGUAAGGGGGUAUACUGUAGUGGAUGAAUAUUUGAAAUCAAAUGUGCCGAUCCAACACAGAUUAAUAGGUAUCCUCAGUUAUUUCUGACAAAUGAAUUCAAUCAGGUUAAAUUUGGUGCUGUUUCCUACAAGUUAACACUAUGUUGGUUUAUAUUUCCUGUAUUCAUUGUGUCUUCAUGUUGUUCACAUUGUGUAUCCUGACCCAUAUAUCCCACGUGAGUUAAAAGAUGUUUGUUUCCUGUCA